ACUCCCUGCAGUCCCCCCGCCAUCUUUCAUCCAACCAAUUGAAGCUUGCGAUCGAACGACUUUAGUUGCGAUGAUAGCAACAAUGAGACUUUGACCUUACUCAGAUCACUGCGCGUGCGUGGUCUAUCAGCCCCAGCAAUGCCAGCCGACGAAAGGCCGUCUCGAAACUGGUCCCUCCAGCCGCCAGAGCAAAGCCCGCCAUCUGCCCCUCAAGUCGUCCCCGUCCGAACUCUGCAGCCUCGCGCGGCGGUAACGUGCACCAGACGGAAUGGAUCGCCUUGCGCUCCCGACUGAGUCCCAACCACCCCAAUCCCAGCCAGAACGCCCUUCUUCGCCAUACAGCACUUCGGGUGAUCGCCGAGUCCGCCUCUCCAGUUCCCGCGCAGCUUCAAGUGUACCGUCCAAUGCCCUAGAUGAGUUCUUUGUCCAGAUCGACAAUGCGCGACGAACAUCGCAGAUCGAUGACCGGGAAUUCGUCCUCUGCAGCCGUGUCGCCGACUGGCUACGCGCCUCGCCCGGUAACGAUCCUCAGAACCAGCCUACCAACGCCGAGCGCGUUCUGAAGGCUGUCUAUGGGAAUCCCUUCUGGGCCGGCUCGACCAGGUGGUCCUUGAGCCCUCUCCUGCCGCGAAUGAGGAAAGAGGACGAGAAGUGCUGGCUUCGGACGUUUGCCGUGCUGUUGCUCGUCGGCAACAAAGAUGCCGCAACCCACGACCUGGGAAAAUACAUUCAUCGCUUCUUUGAGCAAGACAAAGUCGACAAGCACCUACCAAUUGCUCAGUCGGAACUGGAAAAUAUCUUUUUCCACCUUGGGCUAGGAGAAACUAAAGCCGCUAAGCAUUUUUGGGACCUCCAAUGGCAGUUCUGCACCCAAAAGGCCUUCCACCAACCUCACAACCGCAUUUACAUGUUUAAGGAGACGAUAUUGCCUAUAACAAAGAAGGUAAUGCGCAAACAGGGCGGUUCUGGAACCAUCUACAUUGUGGAGGUCCCCUGCGAGUGCAUCCCGCAGAGUCUGGCGGCCAAGCUUCGUGGUAAACCAUACAACACAUACGACUCUGACGGUAAUCUACUUGGCCAGGUCCAUCAGUUUGCACUCAAGGUUCUCGGCCAUAAAGCUUCCUACCAUAACGAAACCCUUGCGUAUCGUGCUCUUGAGAACCAAGAUGGCAUUGUCCAAUGCUUUGGUGAUUGGAUAUACUCUCGGUCUUCUUCUCCCCGAGAGAACGAAUACCACCUUCUUCUGGAAUGGGGCGUUUACGACCUCGAGGAAUUCUUUCUGCUUUAUCCCCCUCAGCACACAGCCGAUGGCAUCGUAAAGUUUUGGGAAGCUCUAAGUAGCAUCAUCCUUGCUCUGAGCAAGAUCCACGAUUUGGUUGACGGCAAGGAUAACUGGUUGGGGUAAUCUCUAUGCCUGCCUUUGUCUGGUCGUUGUGUCGUUUCUAACCACGUUUGCAUAUAUAGCUGGCACUGUGAUAUCAAGCCUGGAAACAUACUUUACUGCAAAAGCGGCCACCAACGGGAGUGGAAGAUUGCAGACCCCGGCUAUGCCACCUUCGUCUUGAAGGACAAGGCAAAGCUCCAGGACGGAGUUCCUGUCAUUGAAUUCAAGGGAGGCACAACUAGCUACGGAGCACCAGAGCUCUCCCAA